CCCACUUUACAUAAGUGGAGCCUCUAACCUUUUCAAAAUGGAAGGCCCCUUAUAAAUCGAGAGAGCUUACAUAUACAUGUAGUUUUAACAAAGUCAAUUGGCUUUUAACUUUUCUUACCCUAUCAACUAUUUACUAUUAGCUGCAAAUUACGAACCUUCUGAUAUUCUAGUUUAAUACAACACAACUCCUCGCGAUAUAUUCCAAUGGCUGCGUAAAUUGUUUGCACUACUAGAUUAGAUUCAAGCAAUUGAGUUAUCCAUGAUUCUUGCCGUAAUCCGAAGGCAACAAUAAUGGCUGCGAAAACAUACCCGAUUUUGUCGAGGAGACAGGUCGAGGGCUUGAUCGCCGACGGAAGGACUGUCUUUAUUCUCGACCAAUAUGUAAUCAAAGCGGAUCCUUGGCUUCAGUAUCACCCUGGUGGUGACAAGGCCAUCUUACACAUGGUUGGUCGCGAUGCCACUAUCGAAGUCACUGCUCUCCACUCCCCCGAAGCAAGGCAACAGAUGAACAGGUAUCGAAUCGGGAGGAUCGAAGGAAGAUGGUCCAACUUUCUCCCACCUAUCCAGGGCGGGAAAUUUAGGCCAUUGUCAGGCAACGGGGACGAUGAAGAUGACAAUGAGGAGCGCGACCAUAAUUCUACAGAAUCGUCGAGCCUUUCGAGUUCCCGUGAUGUCUCCCCGGUCUUUGAUAAUGUUGAAGCUGUACGGAAGCGGCAUGUCAGCGAUGGAUUACGUGGUCCCGCGUCUACAUCGUCAGUGUCGUCAGCAGAACCUGACGACGAUGGUAUGGCAUACCUCGAUACUAUCACGAGGGAGAAAACCACUCUAGACUUGGAAAAGUAUCCUUCUCUGGAUCCUGCUACGCAAGAUUCCAUUGUCGCCAAGUAUCGCGACCUGGAUCAACGAAUCAAGGCCGAGAACCUGUAUAAGUGUAAUUAUGGGGCAUAUGCGAUCGAGGUCACCCGCUAUUCUAUUCUCUUCGGUCUCGCCUUUCUGUUCCUGCACUGGGGCUGGUACGUCUCGAGUGCGGUAUGCUUGGGUGCGUUUUGGCAUCAGCUUGUCUUCACAGCCCACGACGCUGGUCAUAUGGGCAUCACCCAUGGUUUUCAUACGGAUACCGUCAUUGGCAUUAUCAUCGCCGACUUUCUGGGAGGAUUGUCCCUGGGCUGGUGGAAGAGGAAUCAUAACGUACACCAUAUCGUGACAAAUGCGCCUGAGCACGACCCAGAUAUCGAGCAUAUGCCGUUCAUGGCUGUAUCCCAUCGUUUUUUUCAAUCUAUGCGCUCUACUUAUUACGAUCACAUCAUGGAGUAUGAUGCAGCGGCGAAGUUCAUGCUUAGGAUCCAACCCUACACAUACUAUAUAAUAUUGCUCUUCGGACGCCUGAACCUCUACCGCCUGUCGUGGGACUACCUGAUUAUGGGGAGAGGGCCUAGGAAGGGCCCGGCGUGGUGGCACAGGUGGCUCGAAAUAACCGGACAGGUUUUCUUCUGGACGUGGUACUUCUACGGCAUCUUGUACCAGUCGAUUCCGAACAACUGGGAUCGAUUUGUCUUCUUCGUAGUUAGCCACAUGGUCCCUAUGCCGGUACACGCGCAGAUCUGCCUUUCCCACUUCGCCAUGAGCACAUCAGACCUUGGACCCCACGAAUCAUUCCCCCAGAAGAUGCUCCGCACAACCAUGGACGUCGACUGCCCGCAAUGGCUGGAUUUCUUUCAUGGCGGCCUGCAGUUUCAAGUGAUACACCACCUAUUCCCUCGAAUCCCGCGUCAUAAUCUUCGCCGGACACAGAAGCUAGUGCAAGAGUUUUGCAACGAUGUGGGCAUUCCAUAUGCGUUAUACGGGUUUGUGGAUGGGAAUAAGCAGGUCGUUGGCACGCUAGCGGAGGUUUCGAGGCAGGCAGCUAUCCUUGCCAAGUGCCAGAAAGUCAUCUCGGAUAGUGAUGACCCUAUUCACGGGCAUCACCACUAAUGUUUAGUAUGCUAUAUAUCCUAUAUUACCAUAGCCUCGAUGGAUAUUGUAAAUAGGUGGCAAUUCCUUCUAUUUCGUGGCAGAGCCCUCUUAGAUGUCAUGUCUU